CCUGACACACCCCAUAACACCGCGAACAUGGCGACAAUCCGCCCCAUGCGAACAGACGAUCUCCUAAACUUCUCCUCCACAAACCUCGACCACCUCACGGAAACCUACAACAUCGGCUUCUACCUCGAAUACCUCACAAAAUGGCCCGAGCUGUGCCAAGUCAUCGAGGGCAUCGACGGCCAAAUAGAAGGCUACAUCCUCGGCAAACUCGAGUCCUCGCCAUACCUCUCCCCCAUCGAGCCCUAUGAGCCCGUCCAAGCCACAAAGCUCCAACCCAACUACCUCCCCUGGCACGGGCACAUCACCGCGCUCACUGUUGCGCCCAGCGCACGGCGCCUCGGUCACGCGACCGCGCUCUCGACCGCGCUGGAGCGCAGCUCUGACGCUGCGGGCGGCUGGUUCGUGGACCUGUUUGUCCGCGCGAGCAAUGAAGGGGCGCAGGAGUUGUACAGGAAGAUGGGGUAUUCUGUGUAUAGGAGAGUUGUGGAUUAUUACAAUGAUGGCGAGGAUGCGUUUGAUAUGCGGAAGCCGCUGUCCCGGGACAAGGGGAGGGAUACGGUUAGAGAGGGGGGCGAGGGGUUUAGGGUUGGGCCUGACGAUGUGUGGUAGGGCAUUGCACAUCGAGUCAAAAAGAUUGCCGAGUAUUCUGAGAUAUUGUUGUAGAGGUCGUACGCCGUCGUAUAGGAGCGGUACAGGCAUCUCAUGGGCAGUGCCUAAUCGUUGGUCGAGAUGUGUAUACCCCGGGAAAGGAACGAAGUCUGUAGGCUAUAAAUGUGUGCAGGUAUCUGAGCGGACAUAUCCGGUUGCAUCAUCGUUGAAGGCAUUGAGUCUCUACUGUCUAUACUUUACUU